CGCUUCUAUUUUGUUUUCUCGCCAUAGAUUCUCUUCCCAACCAUCCUGUGCCCGCUAAACCCAGGGAGAAGCCAUGUUCAUAAAGCUCUCCUCCUCCAGACCUUCUCCUUCUUUAUGGUUUUUCAGUAGAUUAUCCAAUUCAAAGCCGCCUUUACUCGACCACGCCUUGAAACCGAAAGCCCUUUUCUCAAAAUCUCCUCUGUCUUCUAUUUGUUGCUCUUUUUCUUCAACAACCGUUGGUUUUCAGUGCAAGAACCGGUUUUUCUACCAAAAGGGUUGCUACCCACUUUUGCAAAGGCUUGAUUUCAAGACACAGGCUGGUCCUGGAUUUGAUUUUGGUGGUGUUGAAUCUGUUUUGGAGGCAGCUGCUGUGUUGACUGCUAUUGUUGUGGUUCAUGAGGGUGGGCACUUUCUUGCUGCUUACCUCCAGGGAAUUCAUGUAAGUAAGUUUGCAGUUGGGUUUGGUCCUAUUCUAGCUAAAUUCAAUGCAAACAAUGUAGAGUAUUCUAUUAGAGCUUUUCCUUUAGGUGGAUUUGUGGGGUUCCCUGAUAAUGACCCAGAGAGUGAUAUUCCUGUUGAUGAUGUAAAUUUGCUUAAGAAUAGACCCAUAAUAGAUAGGGUGAUUGUGAUAUCAGCUGGUGUGGUCGCCAAUAUCAUCUUUGCUUAUAUGAUCAUAUUCGCUCAAGUAGUAUCUUUUGGUAUGUCUGUACAAGAGGCCUUUCCGGGGGUGCUUGUGCCUGAGGUGAGAACCGCUUCAGCUGCUUCCCGAGAUGAAUUGCGUGCAGGGGAUAUUAUCCUUGCCAUUAAUGGUAGCGACUUACCAAAAACCGGCCCCAGUGUGGUUUCUGAGGUUGUUGACAUUAUUAAGAAUAAUCCCAAAAGAAAUGUCUUGCUCAGGGUUGAGAGGGGACAGCAGGAUUUAGACAUUGGGGUCACCCCCGAUGAGAAUUUUGAUGGAACAGGAAGAAUUGGAGUUCAGUUGUCACCAAAUGUUAAAAUAACCAAGGUUAUUCCAAAGAACAUCUUUGAGGCUUUUAAUUUUGCCGGAAGAGGAUUUUGGAUUCUCUCAUCUAAUGUUUUGGAUAGUUUGAAACAGACGUUUCUCAAUUUCUCUCAAUCAGCUACAAGCUGUGAGUAUCAUGAUGGUGCAAUUGGGCAUGAUUAUGAGUCUUCUUUAGCUUUACAUCAUCAUGUUCAAGAGUUCCUUUCAAAGAAACUUAAGUUUGAGUGUGAGACAACACCUGGUUCCAAUGUCAUCCAUAACACAUCGGCGGGUAAUAAGAAGAAAGAUGAUUUGGUUGAAGCCUUUGGAAGAAUGAGCAUAUGUUCUAUUGACGAUGAGACUAAAGCCAAUAUGGCAAUUGUGCCUGUUUUAUGGCAAACCCUUCAGCACUUGCAUAGUGGAAUUCCUUCCUCUGCCUACUUUCAAUAUGUAAGGCGUGUUAGUCCUCUUGUAGUUUAGCUUGUGGCUACAAGAAGGACGGUUCAACAAGCAUUUUUAUAUUUCUUGAAGCUUUGCUAUCAUAAUGAAUAAUGUUCUCAAUUUUUCCAAAUUCAACAAGACAUGUUACACUCUAUAUAAACCAUUGUAUUUAAAUGCAAUAUAAUAAAAUUCCAAGUUUAAU